GGGCGUCGUUCUACUGGAGGCCAACAUUGAAGCCAUACCAAUCAACCAGUGUGUCGAUGAUGGCGCUCUGUUCUCGGGGUCACAUCGCUGUAUUCAAUCUUCUACAGAGUGCCAGAAUAUCCCAAGUUCAAGUUUCAAGGCCGCCAGCUACAGGUGUGUUUGCAAGACAGGCUACCACAUCCCUGGGGCAGUCAACCAGUACUUCGAGGGCAGCGCCGUGGAAAACGCUUACAUCUCCUACAUCCGCAAUCUCAGCCUGAACUACACGACGCUGUACAACUGCCUGCCCAUGUUGGCUACGGGCUCAUCGUCCCCGCCCCUCAGCGUGGACAGCGAGCAGAUUGUGGCCUUUGACUUUUUGGUGCGCGGGAUACCGCUGGGGAUACAGAGCUUCUGCAUGACCGUGUCCCUGGUCAUUGGGAUUGUCAUAGUAUGUUUCAGGAAGACGAAGGUGAUGAGGUCCAGUAUAUGGGUCUUGCUGGAGAUGUUUUUACUGGGCGCUAUUUUGCUCUAUGCUACAGUGGUGAUCCAAUAUUUUGAACCUACCACAACAACAUGUCUUCUGCUGCCUUGGUUCAGAGAAAUGGGCUUUGCUGUUGUGUAUGGUGUUCUAGUGCUGAAGAUUUACAGAAUUUUAGCAGAGUUCCAGUCGAGGAAGGCACACCGGGUCCAUGUUCGUGAUAAAGAUCUCCUCAAAUAUUUGGCUGUCAUUUUGACUAUUGUGAUAGCCUACAUGUCGGCCUGGACGGCUGUGAACAUGGACCACUUGGAUCACAAUAGUACCAUUUUGGAAGAGUUAUCUACCCCUGAAGGGUUGAAGUACACACUGUGUCGAGCUAUGUGGUGGGAUUAUGUCAUAGAAGCGGGGGAGUUCAUCUUUUUAUGCUUUGGCAUCUACAUGUGUUAUUGUGUUAGGUCAGCACCCACAGAGUAUUCAGAGGGCAGGUUUAUUACAGGUGCAAUUUGCUAUGAGGCUGUUAUAUCAACAAUCUUCUAUGUACUUAGACAUUUGUGGUGGUACAAAUUGCAUCCAGACCACCUUUUUCUCAUGUUUUUUCUAAGAUGUCAGCUCACAGUCACAGUUGUCUUACUCAUCAUCUUGGGUCCUAAGCUGUGGUAUGCACAUCGGCCUCCUGAUGAAGAUCAUGGGCGGUCAAGGGCUUACUCUCAGUCCGAUGUCCAGGACAGCUCUUUCCCUGAGACCAUGAAGUUGAAUGUGGGGAUCUCAUCCAACGGUGACGUCGAGGUCGGGGAAAUUAGUUUGACUGAGAUGGACCCUGAGGACAUUCGGGCUGAACUGAAAAGGCUCUAUACUCAGCUCCAGAUAUACAAGACUAAAACAAUGAGGAAAGACAACCCUCACAUCUCUAAGAGGAGGGGUGGCAGGAAGCAGACACACCGACGCUUCUCCCUACAGGCGUUCCACCAUAAGCACAGACACCAUCAUGACCAUGACCAUGAACAUGAGAUGUCUAAGACACCAGAGGAAUCAACUAAUUCUGCCGAAGCCAUGGCAUUUACAAUAGAGCCUAGUGUAAAGGAAGACCCCAAUGAAGGGAGGUCGGUUCCAUCUGUGAGCUUUAAACCUGGACACAAAUAAAUGUCUGUUAUUUGUGUUUGUUUCAUACAAAGUUACAUAUUACUAUGUAAUUUCUUUUCUUUAUGAGUAAUGGAGCAAUUUAAACAAAUACUGCAUUUGUUUAGCCUAGUGUAUGUUGGUGACGGUGGUGUGUAAUGUGAUUAAUAUAGUAACGAAAGAAUCUCCUGUGUGAGUUCAACCUGCGGCUAGAUAGAAUGGAAAGAAUUCCCGCACUGCUGAGGAAAGUCAGAUAACAGGUGCACUGACAAGCCAUAUUGGCUAAUGGAGAGAAAUGAAGACUAAUGAUGUGAUCCAGUAUCAUAACAGUGAUUUUGUUCUGUUUAUGUUUCAUUGAAUUUCAUUCAUUUUAUUAAAAAACAUAACAGAUAAUCAAUUUUUAAAACUACUAACACAAAUUAAAUGCUAGACUGGAAAAAUGUCCAAAAAUAGUGAUUUCUAGUUUUCAAAAAAAUUUACUUAGUUUUAUACUAAAUAAUGGGAUUACCAAAUUGAUACCCUUAAAGAAAAUGUUAUAUUUUACUGUUUUGUAUGUGUGGAGAACUAUGACUGGAAGGCAGCUCAGCAAACAUGGCUGAUGUUUAUCAUUGAUUUACAAUAUAAAAUUUUAAAGAUAUUCCUCCACUCCUUCUAUCCUUUAUUUUUAAAGUAUAUUAAAGCAAAAUAUAAAAAUAAAAACAAUCCCAUUAUUUAAAAAAAAAUUUAUCAUUUUGAAAAAAAAAUGACCAUUAUUAAUAAAUUUCUCCCUAAAACGUUCAGUUCAUUCUUUUAGCUCUUGGCUGUUUUAACUGAUAUUCCAAUUACUCCACUUGAUAAACUGUUUAAAGUAAAAAUGUGAGAAAUGUAAGUGUAUUUUAAAAUAAAUCUUACAAACAAAUCAUUUUUCAUUUAUUGCAAUGAGGACAUUUAAAAUCUGUUAACUUAGUGUAACAUAGAAAAGUGUUCACUAGCUCCUUCAAGCUUGCAUGACAUGUAUGUUUGAUGUCAACCAAGCUAUUUUUGUGUCAACACAACUUUCAUUUUCAAGCAUUAGAAGCUAAUAAUGUUUUUUUUUCUGUAAUAUAAAAUAUGAAUUUUUUUACCAAAAUACAUUUGGCCAAUAGUUUUGAAUAACAAGAAUUAUUGAAAAAAAAUCUUUUAGGCCUAUUUAAAUAGCUAGAGCAAUAAUGUAGAAAUUCAGGAAAUCAUAAUAGAAAUCUUUUUCUAAAAUUGUCAGUUAAGAAAAAAUGUAUAAUAAUCACUUUUUUAUAAUCAUGAGCGAAUAGUCUAAGCAUAUAUUUAAAACUGGAGGUUCUGACUAAAUCAAUAAUACACACAUAUUUAGGAUCAAAAUCUGAAAAAAAAUGUUGGAUUAAUCACUUUUAUGCCAUUGUAAUCUGUUAUUGCUUGUCUUUAACUACAUCUGAUUUAUUGUGAUACUUUUAGAAUAUCUUAUACAUGUAUAACUAUAAUUUUAGAAUAUUUGUGUAAAAUAUGUGUAUUUAUAUUGCAGCCAUUUAAUACACUUUGCGUCUUCAUAUGUUGCUUGACUACUGUGACAAAAAGAUAAAGUAAACUUGUCAGUUUCAUUUUUAGAAUUUAUAUUUUUGUUUUUAGCAACAAAAUUAUAACAAAAUUGGUACUAAUUUAUUAGGUUAUAUCAGCUUAGUUAUGCAAAGAAUAUGUCAUCUAUAUGAUAUUUCUUGAAAUAUUUUACUGGUUUAUAAAGUUUCUCUCUUUGUCAAUUUUCUUUCUUGAUUUUUUUUUUAUGUUGAACUUUUUUUUUUUUACCAGAAUGAAUUUUUUUUUGCUUUAACACUUUCGAGUCCGCAGGAGUGGAUGUUAAUUAAUCUAAUGGUAUCUAAGACAUUGAGAGCAACAUAGAAUUCUGAGUGAUUUUUUUUUUUUACAAUUUCUAUGCAAGACUGAAGUGCAAAAUGAGCUACAUGGUUUACAUUUUAGUUUUCAAUGGAUACAAAAUGAUAAAGAUAUUUUCCAAGGAGGCUGUGAUAUGUAUUCAUGAUAGCCAUCUUGAAUUACUGUGAACUAACGGGUAAAUUGACAUAUAUACAUAUGAAUAAAAACAGCAUCAAACAUUUUGUAAAAGUGGUUCAAAUUUCACAUUUUAUGGGCAGAUUUCUGUUCCAUUAUAAUGCAAAAUUAAAUAUUCAUUUAAAAAUUUGUAUCACACCCCCAGACAAGUAAGUAUUCUACUGACUCAGUUGCUUUUCAAAUAAUUGCUGUUUUCUAGUUUUUAUGUAUUUAUCAUAUUUUCAUAAAUUAUCAUGAAUAGCAAAUUUCUACAUCAUCUAAUCACUUUUUUCAUUGCUUACGAUUUGUACCUUUUAUCUUUUGAUUAAAUUAUUUGUAUUUGUUUAGUUACUUCAGGAUGUACUUUGGCCACAUUUUAUUGAUGAAUUUACAUUGGGAAAAGCUAACUUUUUAAAAUGAUGAAGUGCUUUUUUUUUAUCAUAUUAUUUAACUAAUUAUAAAAUAAAAUAACAUCUAGAUUGAAAAGUUUAAGUGAUUAGUGGUAUUACAAUUAUUUCCAUAUUUUACAAUAAAAGUAUAGUUUAACCUGGGUUUAGCUGCUUUCAGGCAUGUUUUGUUCUGGCAAGUGUUGUAACAAGAUGCAUUCAGUUUUGUAGUAGGCUGUCAAUGCAACUGUCUUCCCAUUCUUCUCUUUUCUGCUUCUCUGUUAAUUUUUAAAAAUUAUUUUUUUCAGCAUUCUGAGAUUAUAUAUACUAGUCAAGCUCUCUACUACACAUUUGUAUACAUUUUCUUAUCUUUAUAAAUGGUAUAGAAGUGUACACGUGAUAGUAGAUUCAGACUACCAAAAAUACUACGUUUUGCUGAAUUUUUUCAAAGUUAGGUUACAACUGCUGAAUUAUCACCUUAUUUUAUAUAAUUUUAAGUUAUUUAUAGCUAGCUUCACAAUUCAUUGUUCAAUUAUGGGCUUUUAAUUUAACGAAAAACAACAUUAAACUAAGUGGAAAUUUCAUUAACUCAAUUAAACUUUACCAUACAACAUUUGGCAGCCAUGAUAAUAUCUAUAAUUAAUGUUAAAUGUUGUUCUAGCUUCUUAUAUUACAUGGCUAAUGAUCUCUGCAUCAUACAAUACUUUUUUAAAGUAUUUCUACAUCUUUCAUGAACAAUGCUAGCAUUAAUUCAUACUUCAUAUUACUACUGUUAAAUUGUUCUUCAAUCACUGCUAUUUUUUAAAGAAAAAUGUCC